AUGACGCUGUUUAAUCUGUGUUGUCUGGAAGUGGGAAGGCUUACUCCAGAGACACAGGAUGGCCGCAAAUCUCAUGAUUUUGCUGCCCCUGCCUCCCAAAAGCUGGACGUAAGCGUGUACAACCAAGCCCAGUUCUCACUUUUGAACACAAUUAAAGAAAAAUUAAUAACUUAUGAACUUCAUGGAGUCAACAGCCGUAAAGAACAGGAGCAGCAAGCAGAGGAGGGGACAGGCCGCCGAGCCCUCUCCCCCACCCGCAGCCGGCACGAGCGGGGCUUUCCCGGGGACGCAGCCGGCCCGCCGUGUGGGGAAGGGGAAGCGCCUUCCGUCAUCUCUUCCUCUUCAGACAGCCCCGGCUCCUCCGCCCCAGCCCGGUCCCCUCCCCCGCCCGCCUGGGUCGUCGCCAAUUGCAAAAGUCACCGGCGAGACCGCGUCUCCACGGCCGCGCGAGCGCCCCACAGCCUCGCAGAGGCCGAGCCGGGGGCCUCACCUCGCGCAGGGAGAGGAGCACACGCCCAGGGGACAGCCUCGCGACCUCCUUCGCCCGGCUCGGGUUCCAGGGAAGCCGCGGCGAUCCCCGUCGUCCCUCCUCCCUCUCCGCCUCCGCAAGACGCCCCCUCUUCGCCACCGCUCGGGCCCCGCCCGCUGCUGCAGCAUGAGGUCACCGUCAGCCAAUCCCGACGCGCGCGGCUAAAGGCCGCCGGGCGCCCAUUGGCUGCCGCCGCCGCCCCUCCUCUCGCAGAGCACCCGAGGUCGCGCCGCGGGCCAGCAGGGCGGAAACGGCCGUUUCGGGGACGGGCCCCGGCUGCGGGAGCCGUGGUGGCUGUGUGGGUUCAGUGGGGACACCUGUGUUAUUGCCUGGCCUCCCCUGUCGCCUCGGGAGGCCAGCCCUGCCCCUCCCCCCGUGUAAUCACCGCCGCACAAACGAACUCCCGCUCCCCCCGCACACUGUCCCGCGGCGGGCACUGCUUCCCGGCGGCGGCGCCGGCCCCCGCAGCCGCGGCGUUUACCCCUUACACGGUGGCAGGGAGGCGGCGCGGACGCUGGCUGCGCUUUGCUCUGCGGCUUCUCCCCCCGACCUCUUCCGUGUCCGGCUCCUCCAUCGCGACAGCGCCCGACUCGUCAGCUCCGCUUUUAUCCGGCUGCCGGAGCCUGCGCACUGGAGCCUCCCCGGCCGCUAGUGGGCGUCGAGUGACAACCCGGCGCGGCUCUCCCCGCGCUGGCGGGGGCAGGCCAGGCCCGGCGGGGGAGGGGCGGCGGCGAGCGCACCCCCGGGGAGCGAUGGGCGGGGGGGGGGUCGCCCCGGCCCCGCCGUCCUCCUUCCCCCUACGAGGGGCGUCCCCAGACUCGCCGGCUCGAACGCUCGAGGGCCGCUCGGGCACCGCGGGCGGACAGCCGAGCCCCCCCCCCCCCGGCCAGCGGGGUCGCCGCCGCCGCCGCCCGCGAAGGGCUGCGUGCACCGGUGGUGACACGGCCGGGGCGUCCAGCCCGGCUCGCGGCUCCCUGGCUGACGGCCCCACGGCUCGGCGGGGAGGCCGCGCCUGGCGGCGGCCCGUAAACAAGAUGGCGGCCGGUGGCUUCGUCCCCUCCCCCCUGCCCCUGCGGAGCGGGGCGGGCGGGCCCCCGUGCGCUUGCCGCCGCCGCCGCCGCUGCCGCCGCCGCCGCCGCCGCCGUCGCCGCCGUCGCCGCCAUUUUCCCAGAGCGAGAAGCAGUGACACUGAGCGGGCGCAGGGGGCCGAGUCGGAGACCGAGCCUGAGUUGGGGAGCGGCAGCACUGGGGGCAUAGACACUCGGAGCAGCCCCGCUGUCUCCUCAGCGCGCCCGCCGCGGCCCGCAGCGCCCGCCGCCCCGCUCCGCACGGAAGACGCUGCGCGCUGCUGCCCUGGGAGGGGGUGUGGAGCCGCUCCGGUCCGCAGCGAGCGGCUGUCGUCGGGGUCUGCCGAGCGCCCAGGAGCGGACGCACCCGCCGCCGGGGGUCGAGCCAUAGCAGGGUUCGGGCGUCUGGUGUGCGAACAACACAGAUUCUAAAAAUGGCGGCCCCAGGCUGAUGUUGUGGUAAUCUAAUCAGCGCGGGUCCUCCACACCCCAUGCAGUGCGUUUGUCUGCAGCAUAUUACAGGCUUAUUAUGUUUACAUGAAAAAGACUGGGCUCGGCCCCCUCUUCUCCAAACUAUUUACAAAAAUGCGUCAAUUUUAUUGCAGAUUAUAAUGCUGUGUUUUAGUUGGUUAAUUUUAUUGGUUUUUUCCGAAGAGGCAAAUAAAACAACACAACUUUUGAAAAAAAAAUAAAAAAUACUUGGCUUUAGAAAUUCCAUGAUUUUUAAACAUUAAAAAUUUAUUUAGGUAUUGAUAAUAGUUUAUGUUGGCCUUAAAUCGUCAGUGUUUAUUCAUAUGCCAAAGGAAAAUGUUUUGUUGAGUGUAACCUAUUUUACAUGAGUGAGAAUUUUUGUCUUCAGUUAAACAUACAACUCUUAACUAAUUUUGUGUAUUUUGUUUUAGACUAAAUUAUUUAGGGAUCUGUACAAACAGACCUAACUGUUAACUUCACUGGAUAUAAGGGUACUCUUCCUCCCAAUGUUAUGUCUUGCCUCUGUUUUCCCCCCUGUAUUUAAAGUUUUAAUAAUUUUGAAUUGGUUGUAUAUUUAGUAAGGUGACACUCCAUGCUUUGCUGCCUCUUAAAUUUGUCUGAUUGCAUACUAUCAUCAUUAUGUAAGCUUAAAAAAAAUAAGGCUUUGGUCUUGAUUCCCUUCCCCAUGCCCAUUUGCCUAUUAUGGGAUUGUGGAAUUAGUCUGUUUUAAUAGACCUUAAAUCAAGUCAUUGCCAUAAUAGGAUCUUGAAUCCAUUUUAUGCCAUUGUCAAAAUCUUCAAGACUGAGACAGGAAAUUAACCCUCAGGUAUCCUUUAGCUGUACUUUCAAAAGUGGGAGGAUGGCUUCUUUCUGGGUUGAACUGAGUAGUAAGGUAUGAUGGGGCCAUUAGUGGGGUUUAAUGACCUUUCUAUUGUGCAGCAACUGAAAGACAGUGCCUUUCAACACAGCAGUACUUAAAAAAGGUUGGAGAGCGCACAUCCUUUCUUUCAAUCUUUCUCUAUUGUAUAAACCUUAGAACAGGAUGAACUUCAUAUUGUGAAUAUAGGAACUAGUUAAUGAUAAGGUACAUUCUGCAAAAUAAAUGUGCAAGCAAUGGCAUUAGGCCAUUUUACAUCCCAGUGAGUUUCAUCCUUGAAGACUGAGUACAGAACCAUACUUAGAGGAUUUGAAAUAUGGUAUAAUGAAAUGUUGGUGGGUAGUGGAUGAGUUUGUAUAGGAAUUCCAGGUUACUUAUUUACGUAAUAUCCUUGAAUGUGUGAAUCUAGACCUUAGGUACAAUAUAUAGGCUCAGUGGUUAAUAUUUGUGAUUUAGAACAAGGGUGGUACUUUUAACGUGAUACCUGGUAUUUGAUUUUCCUAUCCAGUACAGGAAAUCAGUGUUUUAUACAUUUAUGUAGCUGUAAGAGGGAACACUAUCUAUGCAUAUGAUGGUUUUCUUGAUAUUGAUGUUGGUCAUAAAAACAUCGUUAAAAAUAAGAAAAGCUUCCUUUUGCGUUUUGUUUUUCUUCUGACUCCUGUGAAAUAAAGAGUAGCUUUAAGUGUUUUUUUAUGCCUUAUUUUCAGUAUAUAAACAACACAGCUGUUGUACAAGUUAGGAUUGGGGAGGCAAAUUUAUUAACAGGUUGUGUUUAAUUUCUGUUCCAGAGAAUUUUGAAACAUUUGAUCUCUUGGGAGGAAACUAACAAACAGUGUUUGUUCCUAGGAUAGCUGAGUUUCAGUGAUUACAUAUUUAUCUGUUUAAGUGGAUUUGUAGAAAACCUGUAAUAGAAUAAAAUUACUUUUUUAAAAAAGUUAAUUUUAGAGACUACCUUUUGAUCAUUCUUGGUUUUUGUUGUCAUUAUAAAGUAUCUUUUUGAUCCCUAUUUAAAUGGAGAACUUUUGUCCAUUUCCUCUUCCUUCAACUCUAGAGUCAUAGUGACAGUUACAGCUGUUAAUAGUGGUUAUAAUUAGCAGUAAUGCUCCUAUGUAUGAUUCUGGCUUGUCCUCGAUUUUUGUAGCCAGGGAAACUUCACUAUAUACAUUAUUGAUCAGGGAAACCAUUGCUUCGUAAGUUAGUAUGUUAAUUUAUAAGAACAGUGCACUCAUUUUUGUGUAUUAGUCUCUUAAAAAACCUAUAGUAUUUUCAAAGGUGUAUUAGAAAAAUCUCUGCUUUUUUGGAAAUUGCUAUUGAAACAUAGAUGUGUACUACUGUGGUAGUGUUUAAAUGUAAAAAUGUUUAUUUUUACUUAGUUAUGAAGUAAUUAUGGACAUUUGCAUUUACAUAAAGUAUUUGCUAUGUAGAAUUUUACCUUCUUAAAUUUCUGUAUUUAAGCAGCAACAAAAUUUGAGUAGUUAUCAGAACUAAUUGGGGAUAUUAGCAUUAGUGGUAUGCAGUUGUCCGAAAAGACAGUAUAUUAUAUUAAAAACAUCUUAAAAAGUGUGGUAGCUUUUAUUUCUAAAAGACUUAUUCUUGGCAGAUAAUAGAUGCUCAUUUAUUUAUUGAAUUUAAAGCUUUAGUUUAAGUGAAAAUAUACUUCAAAAUCGGUUAAUCAGAGACUGUUUCUUAUUAUGUCCCAGAGCAUAUUUUUUAGUUUCUGCCCCAAUAAUAGGAAGGAUCUAUUUACUUUAGACAUUGCUGUGUGAUACUAUUAGCUUUGGGCUGAGUUCAAGAAUCCAAGUGACUCAAAUUUAUUGUCUCUUUAUCGUCAAGAAAUGUGGGAAGGAGCCUUAUUUCCUUAUUGUUGAACUGAUUGUUUUUGUAUUAAUUUAAUAUGAAAGAGCAGUAUUUGUGGUUGAAAUUGUUCUGCACUAUCAGAAGUAGACAGUACUAACCAAAGAUUGACCUGUUGCUAUUAAGCUAUAAGUAUGUUAACAGAGGACAUAUUAUGAGGCAAAGAAAUUGUUCAUUAUUGUGAACUUCUAGACUAAGUGUUAAAUUAUACAUUAAUGGGGCUGGAGAGAUGGCUCAGUGGUUAAGAGCACUCAUUGUUCUCCCAAAGGUCCUGAGUUCAAUUCCCAACGCCCACAUGGCAGCCCACAACUAUCUGAUGCCCUCUUCUGGUGAGCAGAUGUUCAUACAGCAGAGUAUCCAUAUAAAUAAAUAAAUCUUU